GUUCGAGAUAUUCUUCACCAUCAGACAGUUCGCUAACUCUUCAAGAAAUUGUGUAACGCACUCACAGCGGAAAACUUUGGUUCAAAAUCGACGAAUAAAUCAAUCGUUUAUUGAUAGUUGCGUUGAAUUAUUCGCGAUAUUGAAUAAUGCGACCGGGAGGCAACGACUGUUAUAACUCAAGUGUAUGAGUGUGAUGAAUAAAAAAUCUGGUGUUCUUGUGGAAAUUCAAUUUUAAAUUUAUGAGUGUACAGUGCAACCUUCAACCUUUCGCGGACAAAUUAAAUCAGAGCGAUCGCAUUAGCUAAAUUUAACCAAAAUUUAUAAAAUAAAUAAUCGAUUCAUCGCCUAGUUAUCAAUAAUACUCUAAAAUGUUUUCAAGAGAUGUUCGAAACCAGUUCCUAGCUACAGUGACCGUCAACAUUCUACAAAUCGGAUUCGGAGCUGUAUUAGGAUGGCCGUCUGCCAGUCUAUUAGUUCUCGAGGCUGAAGACUCGCCACUGCCAUCUGGACCAUUAACUGUAGCCGAAAAGUCAUGGGUCAGUGCGCUCAUGUACCUUGGCGGUUCGCUUGGUUGCAUAUUUUUUGGUUGGGCGUCGAAUAGAUAUGGACGUAAAUAUCCUCUGAUGGGAGCAGCUUUACCGCAAUUGGUCGGUUGGCUGCUCAUUAUUUAUGCACAAAAUCCUUACUACCUCUACAUUUCGCGAUUCAUGUCUGGAUUUUCGGGUAGUGCCAACUAUGUAAUAUUGCCCGUAUUUGUUGCAGAAAUUGCCGACACUAAAGUUCGUGGUACCCUAGGAUCCCUUUUCAUAUUAUGUGUUAAUAUUGGAAUACUUUUGGCAUUUGUGCUGGGACACGUUUGUUCAUACGUUAUGAUGCCGAUUAUUCUGUCAGUCGUGCCGGUAGUAUUCUUUGUCGGCAUGUGUUUCUUUCCGGAAUCACCACAAUAUCUCAUGCAAAGUGGGCAAGAGACGGAAGCUAAGAAAUCGUAUUGCUUUUAUCGAAACAUUGAGCCUCAACAGAACCAUGAAAUGGACUUACUUCAUAACGAGCUGGAUAAGUUCAAACCAGUUAUUGUCUCAAAAGACGAUAAAUCAAAUUACAAAUCUACGUGGAGUGCAUUCAAUACUCCCGUAGCCAGAAAGGCUAUAUUUUUGGGUGUAGCACUUCUAGCUUUAAAACAGUUCACUGGUAACACGACUAUGUUAAAUUAUGCCGGAGAGAUAUUUAAAGUGUCUGGUUCCCAUCUCGGACCAAAUAUGUCAGCUAUAAUUAUUGGAAUCAUUCAAUUGGUCGGAACAUUUACGCCUACACUUCUUGUUGAUAGAGCCGGACGCAAAGUGUUGCUGGUAGUGUCAUCUGGUCUAACCGGUAUUGGACUGGUUUGCUUAGGCGUUUAUAUGUGUUUGCAGUCGAAAGGAUAUGAUCUCACUGGCCUAGGCCUAAUUCCUCUAAUAAGCUUUUCAGUGGUAUUAUUCGCACAGUCUUGUGGUGUCGUCCCACUUCCGUUUGUUGUUAUAUCCGAAAUAUUACCUCGAGAGGCUAAAGCUAUUGGCUCAACGAUCUGUAUGGUAGUGUUAUGGGGAUUUGCGUUUAUUAUGGUCAAAGCUUUCCCCAUCAUUGCCGCUACAGUCGGUAUGUAUGGAUGCUGGUUUUUAUUCGCAGCAGUCGCUUUUGGUGGAGUCGUAUUCGUUUUGGCAGUAUUGCCGGAAACCAAAGGCAAGAGUUUCGAUGAAAUUAUGGAAAUUAUGAAAGGAUAAAGUGAAUGAAAAUGUUGAUCAACUUCGAAUAAAUUUAAUUCCAACAA